AUGAAAGAUGAGAUGAAUGUUAUUAUGGAAUCUCUAGAUAGAGAAAUGAAGGAAUAUAUAGCUGAUGGUGUUGUUGUCAAUCAAGUGAGAGAGGAAUGGAGGGGUUCUGAUAAAGUUCACGUUGUUGAUGGUGAUGACGAUGGUUGA